GAGAUUGGCGUCUAAGAUAAAGACCUCAGGACUCCUCUGUGCUCAAGCUCUAUACUUCAACUUUUGCUUUGAGAAAGCAAAGUUUUCGAGUAAGUUAAGCUUUGCUAUCUGAUGAAGGAGAGAGGAAGGCUCUCUUGGAGGAGAGGGCCUGCCUGUGAACACCAUCACCACCAUUAACAAAGAUCAAACAACUUUCUUCUGAAGAAACAAGCUAACCCCAUUUGCUAUACAGUGAACACAAGGCUUGAGGACCAAAAAACGACAUCUGGAGAGAAUUGUCAAAUAAGCAGAUGGAUACAAGCAAGUAUGUGAGGUAUACGCCAGAGCAAGUGGAGGCUCUGGAGAGGGUGUAUAGUGAAUGCCCCAAGCCUAGCUCUUUAAGAAGGCAGCAGCUUAUCAAGGAGUGUCCUAUCCUCGCUAAUAUUGAACCUAAACAAAUCAAAGUCUGGUUUCAAAACCGCAGAUGCCGUGAAAAGCAGAGGAAAGAAGCCUCCCGUCUUCAGACAGUGAAUAGAAAACUGACUGCCAUGAACAAGCUGUUGAUGGAAGAGAAUGACCGAUUACAGAAGCAGGUCUCACACUUGGUGUAUGAAAAUGGGUACAUGCGGCAGCAACUGCAAACCGCUUCUGCAACGACCACAGACAAUAGCUGUGAGUCUGUGGUCAUGAGUGGUCAGCAUCAACAACAAAACCAAACAUCUCAGCACCCUCAGAGGGAUGCUAACAACCCAGCUGGUCUUCUCGCAAUAGCUGAAGAGACCCUGGCAGAGUUCCUUUCCAAGGCUACCGGAACUGCUGUCGACUGGGUUCAGAUGAUUGGGAUGAAGCCUGGUCCGGAUUCUAUUGGCAUCGUUGCUGUUUCCCGCAACUGUAGUGGGGUGGCAGCACGAGCCUGCGGUCUUGUGAGUCUUGAGCCCACGAAGGUCGCUGAAAUUCUUAAAGAUCGUCCAUCUUGGUAUCGUGACUGCCGAUGUGUUGAGGUAGUUAGUGUAAUUCCUACAGGAAAUGGAGGGACAAUUGAGCUCAUAUAUAUGCAGACUUAUGCACCAACUACAUUGGCAGCAGCACGAGACUUCUGGUCGCUGAGAUAUACUACAAGUUUGGAAGAUGGCAGUCUUGUGAUAUGUGAGAGGUCGUUGACAUCUUCCACUGGUGGCCCAACAGGACCUCCUGCUUCUAAUUUUGUCAGAGCUGAAAUGCUUCCUAGUGGCUUUCUUGUCCGACCUUGUGACGGUGGUGCCUCCAUUAUUCACAUUGUAGAUCAUGUUGAUUUAGAUGUUUGGAGUGUUCCUGAAGUUCUGAGGCCACUUUAUGAAUCAUCCAAAAUUCUUGCUCAGAAAAUGACCAUUGCUGCAUUGCGGCAUAUAAGGCAAAUUGCACAAGAGACGAGUGGAGAAAUUCAAUAUGGUGGAGGUCGUCAGCCGGCUGUUUUGAGGACAUUUAGUCAGAGACUCUGCAGGGGUUUUAAUGAUGCUGUAAAUGGCUUUGCUGAUGAUGGCUGGUCACUUUUGAGUAGUGAUGGCGUAGAAGAUGUGACCAUCAUGAUAAACUCAUCCCCAGGAAAAUUUCUUAGUUCUCAAUAUAACACCUCAAUGUUCCCUUCUUUCGGAGGAGGCAUACUUUGUGCCAAGGCAUCAAUGCUUCUGCAGAAUGUUCCUCCUGCAUUGCUUGUUCGCUUUCUAAGGGAGCAUCGCUCAGAGUGGGCUGACUAUGGGGUGGAUGCAUACUCCGCAGCAUGUCUUAAAGCUAGUCCUUAUGCUGUUCCUUGUGCAAGAUUAGGUGGCUUACCCAGUAGUCAGGUUAUUCUGCCUCUUGCUCAUACUGUGGAGCAUGAAGAGUUUCUGGAAGUUGUUCGGCUAGAGGGUCAUGCAUUCACGCCUGAAGAUGUAGCUCUGGUGCGGGAUAUGUAUUUAUUACAGCUAUGCAGUGGGGUUGAUGAAAAUGCUGUUGGUGCCUGUGCACAGCUUGUCUUUGCUCCCAUUGAUGAAUCAUUUGCUGAUGAUGCUCCAUUAUUGCCAUCUGGUUUUCGUGUCAUACCAUUGGAUCCUAAGACAGAUGCCCCUGGUGCUACUCGAACACUGGAUUUGGCCUCUGCACUUGAAGUAGGGCCUGGUGGUGCCCGUCCAGCUGGUGAAGCAGAUGUAAACAAUUACAACCUUCGAUCGGUUUUGACCAUCGCAUUCCAAUUUACUUUUGAGAACCACUUUCGUGACAAUGUGGCUGCCAUGGCUCGCCAAUAUGUUCGCAGUGUUGUUGGAUCUGUUCAGAGGGUUGCCAUGGCUAUUGCUCCCUCCCGGCUUAACUCAGAAAUGGGACUAAAAGGCCUGCCUGGUUCCCCUGAGGCCCUUACUUUAGCUCGUUGGAUAUGUCGAAGCUACAGAAUCCACACUGGUGGAGAUCUGUUCAGGGUUGAUUCACAAGCUGGUGAUGCCUUGUUGAAGCAACUGUGGCACCAUUCAGAUGCAAUCAUGUGCUGUUCCUUGAAAACAAAUGCUUCUCCAAUUUUUACUUUUGCCAACCAAGCUGGACUUGACAUGCUCGAAACUACUCUUGUUGCCCUGCAAGACAUAAUGCUGGACAAGAUUCUUGAUGAAGCUGGCCGAAAGAUUCUCUGCUCUGAAUUCUCUAAGAUCAUGCAGCAGGGAUUUGCAUACCUCCCAGCUGGAAUAUGCGUAUCCAGCAUGGGCAGGCCGGUGUCCUACGAGCAGGCCAUUGCAUGGAAGGUUCUCAACGAUGAUGAUUCCAACCACUGUCUUGCCUUCAUGUUCGUAAAUUGGUCUUUUGUGUGAUGAAAGACAUGUAUCACCUACUCUUUCUAGGUUUCUGACUAUGUGCUAAGUUAUAUAAAAUAUUAUUUGCAUCUAGAACUACCCAAGACAAUAUGGACCUGAAUGGAAUCACUGUAUGAUUUCAUGAAAUGCUUUUCUAUAUAACGUUAUCUGUGUUAGAUGUUUGCCUGCUGGCAUGAUUACGCUGUUUAUCUGAAUGUCA